UCUGAGUAUGAACAACCUAACUCUGUUGUCCUCCGGUGCCCUCUCCAACCUUCACUUCCUUGAGGAGCUACGUCUUGCAGGCAACGAUUUGACGCACAUUCCCAAAGGAGCGUUCUACGGCCUCUUCAACCUCAAAGUACUGAUGCUUCAGAACAACCAGCUACGACGGGUUCCAGGUGAAGCCCUUCAGAACCUCAGGAACCUCCAGUCUCUUCGUCUGGAUGCCAACCACAUAUCCAGUGUUCCUCGGGGCUGCUUUGACGGCCUCCAGUCUCUCGUCACCUGUGGCUGGAUGACAACUCCUUGACAGAGGUGCCGGUUGACGCCCUGGGGGCCCUGUCCUCCCUGCAAGCCAUGACCCUGGCUCUCAACAGAAUCACACAUAUACCUGACCGGGCCUUCACUAAUCUCUCCUCCCUCGUGGUCCUGUGAGUACUGGAUACUACCGUGUCCUCUCUUCCUCCAUCUUCCCUCUGUCCUUCUCUCCACCCUCUCUCUUUCCCUGGCCAACCUCUUCAGCCUUGUGGUCCUGUGAGUACUGGAUACUACCGUGUCCUCUCUUCCUCCAUCUUCCCUCUGUCCUUCU